CCCGAGGGGGAGGUUUCCCGGCGCCCGCCAUUUUCGAGAGGGUAGAGGGGCCGCGGUGGCGGCGGCCGUUGCGGGUGGCCCUGGGGGGCCCUUCCCGGGUUCUUUCUUUCUCCUUCCCUUCCCUUCCUUCCGCUGCGGAGGCCUCGGGCCUCCCCGAGCCCUUCGGGGCUCAAACCGGGAUGUAAGUUUUUGCUAAUGCCUGGCUGGAGACCGGUUCCCGCCUCAGGGCUCCGUCCGCGGGCGGGAGCGGUGCGGGAGCGGUGCGGGAGCGGGGCCCGGCCCCAAGCCGGGAGCCGAGCGGAAGGCCCGCUGCUCUCGUAGAGGAGGCUGUUGGUGUUUCAGCGGGUCAGGGAGGCGUCCGCGUCCGCCGUGUGACGCAAAGCACAUGCUUGCCAGUGUUUGCAAGUUACCUUGGCGCUAAAACCUUCAUGCUGGAACAAUGGGGGUGACUAAUCUGUGGCAAAUCCUUGAGCCCGUGAGACAACCUGUCAACUUGAGCAGUCUCAAAGGAAAAACGCUUGCUGUUGAUUUAAGUCUGUGGGUUUGUGAAGCACAGACUGUUAAAAAGAUGAUUGGAGUAGUUACCAAGCCACAUCUGAGAAACCUGUUUUUUCGGUUCGCAUUCUUAACAUCAAUGGGAAUUAAACUAGUGUUUGUCAUGGAAGGAGAGGCCCCCAAGUUGAAGGCAGACACCAUGAGUAAGAGGAAUGAGAUGCGCUAUGGAUCUUCAAAGAAAGUUGGAACUGCAAGAACAGGGAGAUCUUUAUUUAAAGCAAUUUUAAAAGAGUGUCUUGAUCUGCUGGAUUGUUUAGGUGUCCCUUGGGUUCAAGCAGCUGGGGAAGCAGAGGCAAUGUGUGCCUACCUAAAUGCCAAAGGACACGUUGAUGGCUGCAUUACCAAUGAUGGAGAUGUCUUCUUAUAUGGAGCUCAAACAGUUUAUAGGAACUUUGCCAUGAAUGCUAAGGAUCCACUUCUUGACUGUUAUACAAUGUCCUCUAUUAAGGAGAAGCUUGGCUGUGAUAGAGAAUCUUUGAUUGGGCUAGCUGUUCUUCUGGGUUGUGAUUAUCUUCCAAAGGGCAUUCCAGGAGUUGGGAAGGAACAAGCUUUAAAGUUAAUUGAGGCUCUCAGAGGUCAAAACUUAUUGCAAAGGUUUGAGCAAUGGAAAGAACAAUUUCAGUAUGAUAGUAAUCCACCUUUGGUUGUUAAAAGGGUAAUUCACUGUUCUGAGUGCCAUCAUCCAGGAUCUUACAAGGAACAUGAGCACAGUGGAUGUAAAUUCUGUGAAAGCACUAGAUACUGCAAACCCAAUGACUCCAAACACGGCUGCCCUUGUGAAUGGCAUCACUUGGAGCGAAAGAAACAAGCAAGUGCAGUGGAGGACAGUAUCAGAAAAAAAGCUAACAGUUGUGAGGGCUUUCCAUUCUCUGAGGUUAUCCAAGAAUUUCUUGUAAACAAGAAUAAAUUGAUCAAGAUAAAAGAAUGCCAAAGGCCAAAUUUAUUGUCCUUUCAGAUAUUUGCUUCCGAGAAGAUGGAAUGGACCAAACAUUAUGCUUGUAAGAAACUAUUAGCACUAUUGACACAUUAUGAUAUGGUCCAGAGAAAAUCUGGAUACAUUGAUGCAAAACAGCUGCAGGCAACACGGAUAAUCAAAACACGUGUUAAAAAUGGAAUUCCUUGUUUUGAGAUUGAGUGGCAAAAACCAGAACAUUAUGUUGAUGCAGAAGAUGAGCCUGCAGAGUUGUUUGUAGUCACAGUAGAAGAGGAGUCUUUGUUUCAGGCUGCUUAUCCUGAUGUUGUUGCCCUUUAUCAAGUAGGAAAGUCAGAAGUUCUGAAGAAGAAACAGAAAAACAGGAAAGACAGGCCAAAAGAAAAGGAAUUGCCAAAUGUUUAUGAUGAAGUUAGCGAUCUUCUGUCUCAAAUGAAUUUAAAAUCUAGAUGUGGAAUUUUUCCUGUGCAGUAUUCUACAUCAGAUAUAAAAACUCCCCCAGAUGAUCAGAUACACCAGAGAAGCACUGAAUCAAAAGACCUAGUGUUAGCUGCAGCUUCCUGCAUAACAACUGUUCAAAUGCCAGCAUCAGCAGCUGCUCUUACUCUGACUGCAUCACCUUACUUGCUCUUACAGAGUACGCUGGCUGACUCAUCUGUAUUGCCAGCACAAUUUACUGAAAAUACAGGGACGUCAUCCUCUUCCUCUGUAACAGCUGGUCUACAACUGAGCAGUACUGACUGGGGAGGAGCCUUCUUCAGCACUUCACCAGCCCGUGGGGGUGAUAUCCAUGAUCCAGCAGCUGACUUAACUACAGCCAUAAAACACUCGCAUCCACCGGGUCAUGAAACAGGAAGAAAAAGCUCAGAGUAUUCUGACGAUCUACAGUCUGAUCAGCAUCAUUCUGAUAGCGCAGAUGGUCUGGUUUCAGACGGUGAUAUGGAACAACUUCAGAAGUGGUCUUUAAGUGAGCGAAUACUUAAGAAGAAUUCCAUUCCAUCAAAGCCUAAAGAUGUAAUGCAACUGGAGUCUUUGAAAUAUUUUAAACAAACAAAAGAAACAUUGAAUCCUGAUAAAGAUUAUGUCUCUUCCUUAUGUCAGUUAAAUAAAAUAGUGCAGGAAAGUAAAAAUGUGCUAUCAGAAAACUAUGCAAGGGAAUCCAGCAUAUGCAUUUAUCAAGGUCAGUAUAAAAAAGCUGGCAACCUGGCUGAAAUGAUGCACAAAGACCACAAUAUAAGCAGUUCAACAUCUGUAGCCCUCAGUGGGCAAACAACAGGGGCACUGCAUCCUGGGUGCGAAGUGCUUCCAGUGUCUCAAAAGCCAGCAGAUGUGGUAACUGGCUGUCACAUUAGAAAAGCUUGUACACAAACUACUUGGAAGACUUCUUGUAAAAAGAGCGUGUGUCAGAACAGAUGUUCGUCUAGUGAAGACAGUGAUGACGGGAACACGAAUAAAAAUCUGAUUUAUGAGUGGCAGAAAAGGCAGCUGAACCCUGGUCAGUUUAAAAAAGCUUUUACAAAGAAAAGCAGUAACAUUGUUACUAGAAAAAAAACAAACAGUGACUCAGCCCUUAUAAUUAAAGAGACGAAGAAAAAGACCAAUUCAAAACAAGCUGGUAAUAGUUUCUCAUUGCAAGUUUCUUCAAAACCAUCCUCUGCAGAGGAAGUUAAUUGUUCCCAAAGUCCAGAGCAACCAUUUGGUAGCUCAGGUUCUGGUCCCACGCAGGAAGCCAAAAAUGCUGUUCUGACUUACGCAGGGACAGACAGUCCCCUCCCCCUGUCUGAAAGACUAAAAGGAAGAAUCAAAAUCAGUUAGGUUCUCCAUAAAAUAGAUUACAAUAACAACUCUGAACCCUCAGCUCUUAGAGUUCUUUCUCAAAGUUUCUGCAGUGUGCUCUAUCAAUUUUAGGUGGCACAGUUUGAUGAAUACAGAGUGCUGUGAAAUACUGCAAUACUGGAGCUAAAGUUUGCAACUAAAAUGUUUAGUGCGAGUACCAAAUAGCUGAUUAUAGGCAAGUGCCAGUUAUUCUGGACUUGAUCGCUCUCUGAACUUGCUACAUAAUCAUCAGGCUGUAGUACACAAGGGAGCAAGGACGUUUAUUUACAAAAUAAAAAGGGGUUUUUCCAACCAAUUGUGAGGAUUUUGUGUACAGCUAUUAGUCCUUCUGCUUAUAAAAACAGACUUAUUAAAAUAGUGCCUGCACUGCUGUAGGAUAUUCUUAAUAAGACAAAGUGAUACAGCUCUUUCCAUCUGAAAUUUUCCAUUCUGCUCCCCUAACUUAAUUUUGCUAGUUUUAAAAUGCGUCUUCAAAUCCUGGGCUGCUGGUUGUGUUGAUUAUCUCUGAAGGACCAGAUAGAGACACACAGCAGAUGUACCUUGCAGGGUAGCUAAUUUUAGAUCUGCCAUGCCCUAUAAUAUACUGUUCUUUGAGUGUGUGCAUCUUCCAAAGAAUGGAAUAAGCCACAUAAGGACAUUUGGGUUUUGUAGUUGUCAUAUCUAAUAUUUAAGGAAAUUUGAUGGCUGUUUAAGUCAAAUAUCUGUAGUUUGGGUAUUUAUUUUUUUUAAGAACAUAUGAAAUCCCAUCUAACAAUUCUAUUUAUAACAGAAUGAAGUUACAGAAAAUCAAUCUAAUUAUGAUAUUGCAGAUUCUUUGAAUAAUAUAAUGUAAAUGUUUGCUUUCAAAGGGGGAAUUUGAAUACAAUUACAUUUUUUUGAAGGUGUUCUUCCUACAUCUCUAAUAUAGAAGCAAUCUCUGAUCAUACAUAAAAAAGUUAUCUUCAACAGCUUAUGGGAAAAAUGCCUCCUUGCCUGCAUUUACGUGUUCAUAACUUUUUCUGUGGACCAACCAGAAGGAUGGCUGCUCUUACAAAUAGAAAUUUGUAACUUUCAUGCCUUAAUGAAAAUGUUGGUUCUUUCUUCCUGAAGGCCGAGGCUUUGAAAGUUAGGAAGCUAAAUUCCAGAUGUAUUUAAGGAAGAAAUAGAUGGUCUAUAGGUAAUACAGUCAUUUCUGAUUUUCCUCUGUGGGCAGAUGGAGAAAGUCUCUUUAUAGCUGAUUUUCCAAAUGAGAAAUGUAUUGUGAAAAUGAGGGAGAAAAAAAAAAAAAAAACAAAAAAAAAAAAAAAACAAAAACCCUGAAUACUGGAAAUGUACUUUCAGUUUUGAAGAUGGUCGGUCUCUCUUCCAGAGACUUCUAACCACCCAGCCACUGUGAGAGGGUAGCUAGAAGAAUAGAGUUGCUAAGGAGUAUAAGAGUAGCAGUCACCUGGGUACUGUAAAUGGAGAGAUUCCUUAUGCAGUGGUCAGUAGUGGAGAGAUCAGGCCAUUUUUUGUGGAAAAACACCGUUAUUGGUUAUGUAUGAUUUUUUUUUCCUUGCUGCUGACUUUGAAUACCGAAAGUUGGAAUUGAUAGUUUGAAUUUUCAGUAAUAAAAAUGCCAACAUGA